AUGAUCAUGAUAUUGAUAGAGCUUUUGUAUCAUUAAAUUUCUUCUCUUCUCUUAAAAUGGCACUUCAAGCUCAACACCAUUCCUCUAAUCUCAUCUUCUUCAAUAAAAGAAACGGGAAAGAGAAAGAAGAUAAUUUUACAUUACAAUCACAAGCUGGAGAUUUUCUUGAUCAAACCAAUAUGUUAUACAACAAUGGAAGUUUUAAUCAGAGAAAAAGAAGAAGAGAAACGAACAAUCAUCAGUUCUUACCUAUGCAGUCUCAUCAGUUUCCUCAAGUUAUAGACUUAUCUUUAUUACACAACCAUAAUCAUCCACCGUCGAAUAUGGUUCAUACAGGACUCCGGUUAUUUUCCGGCGAAGAACAGACACAAAAGAUUAGUCACCAGCUAAGUUUUGUCUCCGAUUCGUCUGAAGAUGUUUUUGCUGCAUAUAUCAAUAGGCAAAGCGAAGAACUUGAUGAGUUUCUUCAUGCCCAGGCGGACGAGAUACGGCGCACAUUAGCUGAGAAGAGGAAGAGGCACUAUAACGCGCUUCUUGGUGCUGUGGAAGAGCCGUUGGUACGUAAGCUGAGGGAGAAAGAAGCAGAGAUAGAGAGAGCCACGCGCCGUCACAAUGAGCUGGUGGCGCGUGACUCGCAGCUGAGAGCGGAGGUGCAAGCAUGGCAAGAGAGAGCUAAGACGCACGAAGCCGCCGCCGCGUCGCUGCAAGCUCAGCUUCAGCAGGCAGUUAACCGAUGCGCCGGUGAACAUGUAUCGGCGCAGGAUAGUAGAGCGGCGGAGGAAGGCACUGCGGGAAUCAGCGGAUUGGACGACGCCGAGUCGGUGUACGUCGAUCCGGAGAGGAUGAGACGGCCGAGUUGCAAAGCUUGCCGGAAAAGGGAAGCGACGGUAGUUUUGUUACCAUGUCGGCAUCUGAGCAUAUGCCCGGAAUGUGACCGGACAGCUCUAGCUUGCCCGUUGUGUCUCACGUUGCGAAAUUCAAGUGUUGAAGCUAUCCUUGGCUAAAUGGGCCUACUUCAAGCCCAUUAGGUUGUUAUUGUAAUGUACAUAAAAACAUUUUAGGAAA